UUUGAUUUGAUCGUCGUCUGAUGCUAUAAAAAAUUGACCGUAUAUUGUGAGGGUCAAAGUUGAAAUCUUCCAUACAAAAAAUCGAAUCAUGUUUUUUGGGUAUCUGCUCCACAAAUUAAUCAAACAGUGUUUAAUUUGUGAAGUGGCCCUCUUCAACAACCGAGCGAUCGAGCGAAGCAAGCUAAAGCUAAACACAAAUGAAUGAGGUUAGCUGAUGCAUAUGUAUCAAGCUCUGCCUUUUAACUUGCCACCACUUUUCCUUCCAUUUUAUUUUCCCUUGUCAUCAUAUAUACUUAUAUAUAUAUAUACCGUGGGCUUCUUCACCUCUCCCCUUCCUGUGCCUUAAUUGCCUUGCCUUGCUUUCCCCACACUGAAGCAAGAAGCAGCUGAGUUCUGACAGCAGCGAGCAGCCUACCGCGAGAGAGAGGGGGCGCCAUGGAGGUGGCCGUGGCGCUCGCCUUGCUCUUCUUCUGCGUCCUCCUGCUAGCCUCCGGCACCAUCGCCUUCCUUCUCAUCCGCCACUGCCUAGCCGCCCUCCGCCGUCGGCCCUCCGCCGACGCCGACCCCGAGGCGCGAGCACCAGCAGCGCCUCGUCAUCGUCAGCCACAGCCAGCGGCGGCGGCGGCGGCCAAGCCCAAGCAGCAGCAGCAACCGUUACUAAUAGCAGCCGUCAAGAAAGAGGCGCAGGUGCCGCGGCGGCUGGCGUGGCGGGAGGUGGAGGCGCUGACCGGUGGGUUCGACGAGGCGGCCGUGGUGGGCCGCGGCGGCUCCAGCACCGUGUACCUCGCCAGGCUCAUGGACGGCUCGCCCGUCGCCGUCAAGGUGCACCGCUGGUGCGGCGGCGAGCGCCGCCUGCGCGCGUUCCGGCAGGAGCUCGACCUGCUCCGCCGCCUCCGACACCCCAACAUCGUCGCGCUCCUCGCCUACUCCGACGACCACGAGGAAGAGGGCGCGCUGGUGCUGGAGUACCUCGCCGGCGGCACGCUAGCGGACGCGCUCCACGGAGCAACGGCAGGCACCGCGCCGCUCCUGUCGUGGGCGCAGCGCAUGCGCAUCCUCCACGACGUGGCGUGCGCGCUGGAGCACCUGCACGACGGCGGCUCCACCGCGGUGGUGCACGGCGACGUGUCGGCGUCCAACGUGCUCCUCGACGGCGGCGGCGGCGCGCGGCUCUGCGACCUGGGCUCCGCCUGCGAGGGCUUCUCGGCGGCGGUGGCGCCGGCGCGCGCCACAGUUGCCGUGGGGUCGCCGGGCUACGCCGACCCCUUCUUCCUCCGCACGGGCAUCGUGUCCAGCAAGUCCGACGUCUACGGCUUCGGCGUGCUCCUGCUCGAGGCCGUCACGGGCCUGCCGGCGGCCGGCGGCGAAGAAGCGGCGUCCGGUGAGAACCUGACGGCGCGGAUCGUGCCGCGCGUCAGGGCGCGCGGGGUGGCGGGGCUCGUGGACGGCAGGCUCGUCGGGGAGGGCGGGUACGACGAGGAGGAGGCCGCCGACGUGGCCAGGCUCGCCGUGGAGUGCGUCGCCGCGCAGCCCGGGCUCCGGCCGUCCAUGGCGCAGGUGCGCGCCGCCAUCGCGGAGAAGGCGGCCAGGUCCAUCGCCAAGGCAGGCUACGGUCACCAUAUCCAGCUCAGCAAGCUGCUGGAGCUCACAUGAUUUUGAGUUUUUUUUUUUUUGGAUUUUAUUUACUCUCCGUUUUAUUAAUUUCUUCGAUUCGAGAUCGCCCCCCCUUCCAUUGUGUUUAGAGCAGUUAAGACGUCUUAGCUUCCGAUGUGUCAUGUGUGUUCUUGUAGCGAAAGUACGUAUGUAAAUUCUUCCUUUUUCGUUGUUGUCCUUGCAUGAUGUUUAUUAGGGUAGGAUUGUAAGAAAAUGGAUUGUGCAUUGGAGUGGAGGGGAGAAGAGAUUCAUCCGAGAGUGAAAUGUAAAUAUGGAAUGGAUUGACGUACU